AUGUCUAAAGAUAAUUUAUCACCAGAACCCUCAGGUCCUGGCCCUCCAGUGGCUUCCAAACACUCCACACUGGCAGCUACCUUGGACAGAGAGGAUAGUGAAGAACAGGAAGAUGAGAGUUCACUGGAGGAAUCUCUGUCUAGUCAGGAGGAUGAGUCUGGGGGUUAUGAUGAUGAUGAUGAUGAUGAUGCGCUUCUACUGUAUGGGGAGUCUAUAGAGGACGAUGAAUCUCUGGAGGAGGAGUACCUGGAGGAGGAAUACCUGGAGAAGGAGGAUUAUCUGGAUGAGAAAGCAUUUUUGCAGAAUGAAACAUAUCUGUUUAAAAAAGCAUUUGUGGAGGAUAAAAAGUAUCUAAAAGAAAGGGAGUUUAAGAAGCAUCUGAAGGAUAAACAGAAAUCCGAGUCUGGAUCAGGCAUUCUUAACGUGUCCCCUAUGGGCCCAGUUCACAGCCCUGUUCAAGUGAUCAAUCUCAUGACUGCCACUCCUCCCAGCUCCAACCAUGACCUGAAGUUUGCCACAUCCUCUUACUACAGUUUGGCAGGAAUCCCCAUCACCCUAAGAGACCAGAGCAGUCAGACGGAAUGGCCCUACUUUGGGAGCAAGUUGGGAACACCCUUAAGAUCAAAAACAGUACUAGAUCAAGACUCUUCCUCCAUGCUAACACAUACGAAAUCUGAGCUGGAAGUGGAGAGCUUUCCUCAAGGAUCCUUCUGGGACACUAUAAUAAAUGGGCCUUUUGACAAGCAGGAAGAUGAAUCCUUUGAUUCUAUUUCCAGCUCCUAUCAGUCUGUGUUCAGGGAGAUAAUCAGCGAACUGGCAUCUCGCCAUGAAUUGGAAGAGGACAUGGACAUGCCCCUGAGUAAGCUAAUGGAGGUUGAAAACAGGAAGAAGCUGGGACUCAUGUUGAAGAAAAAUUUUGACAAAUACAGAGAAACAAUUCUGUGGAUUAUGAAAAAACGUGAAGCAGGGCAGAAAAUGUCCGAGAAGAGUACUACCAUUACAUACACACUAUCAACCCUGAUACAGCCCAUGAAGUCAGAUGAACAACAAACCCUAAGACGGAGUUCUACUUUCAAGAAGUUAAAGCUAGAUAAAGAAUGGAUCCAGGCAAAGAUGAAGGCACAUCGAAGUGAUGGAAAAUUAGUUACCUACCACAGCGGGAAGAGUUUCCAUAUUCUGUUUCCUAAUGGCACGGGCCAGAUAUACUAUCCGUCAGGGAACCUGGCUCUGCUUAUCACCUGCAAAGGAGUCGCAAGGAUCACAUACUUUGUUCUGGAAGACUGUGCAGAAAAAAUGAUCCGAGGCUUUGUCACCAACUCUGGCCAUGCCACCUUCUAUGAUAAGGAUGGAGGGAUCUGGUUGAGCCUCAGCAAACUCCUGGGCUACUACUUCCCCAAAGACAAGCAUCAGAAGGCCUGGAACUGGUGGAAUCUGAGCCUCCAUGUGCAUGCACCCCCCAUCAUGUGCAUCACUUUGAAACUCAACAAGUACAUCCAUGUCCAAAUAAGGAGCCAGGACAAGGUCAUCUUCUGCUUCUCCACCCCCAAACAGAAGAGGAUUUGUUUAAACAUGGGCACCAAGUUCAAGUUUGUAAACCUGAAACUGCUUCAAGCCAUGAAGAAGAAGACAAUCCUGGAGACAGAGCCUGGCCCAACAUUGUGGAAGAUCCAGGCCCUUCUGGGCAAAAUAAGUAGGAGUCUCAACUUCCUGACCCUGUCUGACUUGGAAAACUUCACACAGGUCAUCGAGGUGGCACUGAAUAAGCUCAGUAUGAGGAAAUCUCGAACCUGGCUUUAGGGCAGCCACC